AGGGAGCAGUUGUUAUGGUUAAAUGUCGAGGGGAAAAGUUGGAUUGAAACGUGAUGCGUUAAAAUCGAUCAUGCUGCACUGGAGGCGCUGAGAAUCAGCUUUCAGAAGUUCUCCUGGAUUGAACACAUGGAAUUUCCUAAUUUUUAAACCACUUGGUUGCAAGUGAGCGUAAUUGGCAGAUAUGUGUUUAGUGUUUAACUAGCACCCUUGCAUUGUUGUUUUUAACCUGACGGAUUAAAGCACAAGAGGACAUGGCGAGUGAGCGGAAACCGAGGCUUUGUGUCAUGACAAAAGGGGAGAAAGGCUACGGAUUUCACUUGCACGGUGAAAAGGGCAAGACUGGACAGUACAUCCGCAAAGUGGAGCCCGACUCGCCUGCAGAGGAGGCGGGCUUGCGAGCGGGGGACCGUGUGGUCGCAGUGAAUGGUGUGAAUGUGGAGAGAGAAACUCACCACCAGGUAGUACAGCGGAUCAAGGCUGUGGACAACGUGACCAGGUUACUGGUGGUGGACCAAGAUACGCACGAAUGUCUGCGCAACCUACGCCUCACGCCCACAGAGGAGAUGGCUGUCCCUGGAGCGGAGCCGCCUCCCCGGUUCACUCCUCCGCCGCCCCACCCAACCCCUUCCCCGUCGUCUUCGGUCCCAUCCUCACCCAGCAAGAAGAAGCAGGAGAACGGCUCGGCGGUGUUGCAGUCCAUGCUGCAGAGGAGUCAGAGUUGUCAGGUGCAGAAGCCGACCAGGAGGCUACCAUCAUCAGCUGUGAAGAAGGGCUCCUCCUACAGGAGUGAACAGCAGAUCACCAUACAGACGCAACAAGAGGUCCCUCCCCUGACGGAUGUCCCCACCCAGGCCCGGUCCCGGCUCCAUGGAGACCCGACGGAGUUUGCGCCUCGUGUGUGCCACCUGGUGCGGGCGGAGACGGGCUACGGUUUCAACCUGCACAGCCAUCGGUCCAGACCUGGCCAGUACAUCCGCUCGCUGGACGCGGGCUCGCCUGCGGACCAGGCUGGACUACGACCUCAGGACAGAAUCAUUGAGGUGAACGGCGUGAACAUCGAGAGCAUGCGUCACGGCGAGGUGGUGGCUUUCAUAAAGAAAGGAGGGGACGAGACCUGGCUGCUGGUUGUGGAUCCAGACACGGACGAGUACUUCAAGAUGAAGGGGAUCAUCCCCACUGUCAGCCACGUCAAAGACUAUGAUGGUCCAAACAUAUCUAAUGGCUCACCCGGUCCUCUCAUGAACGGCAGCUCCUCUUCACAUUCAUUCAGGUCGAUGAACUCCGACCUGAGUAGCCACGGUAACGGCACACAGACAGCCGGCGACGAGCGCGGACGUUUUUCGGACCCGUUCGCCGAGAUCGGCCUGAGCGCCACGGCGGCAGAGGAGAAGCGGAAGCUCCACGCCAAAGAGAAGAGGAAGGCGCCACAAAUGGACUGGAUGAAGAAAUACGAGCUGUUCAGCAACUUCUGAGACGGGGGACGACGACCAGCGAAGAAACAAGCAAGCUUACAACCGAAGGAUGGGUUUUUUCUCUUUAAAUAUUUACUUAAGUCAUUUUUUUUAUAUUUAAAGUGUUUAAACGGAUUUAAAAAGCAUCAUCACGGCCACGUGGAGGUUUAAGGACCCUGUGAGAGAGUGGACGUUAAUCACCACUGACAACGGAUGAAUCUCUGCAAUCAACAAGGAAGGAUGGUCGUUAGAAGGAUAGAUGAUACUGAAUGUGUCCAGCAGAGAGCAGCAUUGCACCACAUGUACACGCCCUCUCGCAGACAAGCCAUCACUAUUUAUUCCCAGCAGUGGCGUAACGUGAAGAACAUACUUACGUAUAUCAUUGGGAGUGGAAGUGGAGAAUAUACGUUGUGGUUGUCGUAAGAAGCUGUGGCACACUAUACGGAGGCGGUAUAGUGUGGUAUUACAUGCUAAUUAUGUUAAUGAAGACAGGGCGACACUGCAAGAUGCACGGGUACAAAGGAUCACAGGAGCAGCUCACUCAACUCUUGCGUGAUCAUCGAGAGAAAACAAUCUACCACACAUUGGACAAAAAUGUAUACAACUUCUUGUCUUCUUUAGUCAAAAUGGAAAAAUCUGUACUUUUAAUUUGAUUCCAGCGUGUCGAUCCUAUACCUUAGGUAGCAAUAUGACACAGACGUCGUAAUAUUGCAUCAUGAGACGACAAUGCAACACGAUGCGAUACCGAUAUUUGAUGCCGAAAUGUCCAUCACAAGACAUUGUAAUAUCACCAUUUGAUGGCGGGGCGUUCAGACUGUAUCGGAAGAGAUAACGAUACAAUGUCAAUGAAGACAGUAUUUGAGAUAUCGAUAUUUAGCAACGUCGUGUUGAUAUCGCAUCAUAAGUGGCGACGCAACAACACAAUGCGAUAGCGAUAUGUGAUGCCAACGUGUCGAUACAGUAUCAUAAUACAAGGAUACGAUACAUCGAUAUCGUUACAUGACGCCAGCAUGUCAGUACCAUAUCAUAAUACUAUACAUUGCUAUGUUGGUAUUUGAUGCCAUUGUGUCGAUACUGAAUCGCAAGAGAUAACGAUACGGUACAUUGUGAUGUCAUACUUUGUGAUUUGUCGCCGAUGUGUCAAUUUACAAUAUCGUAAGAGACGAUACAAUUGCAUUAGCGUUGAUCAGUACAUUGCAAUAAUGGUAUUUGCCGACAACAAAGCUCUACAAUGCGAUAACGAUACCGUAUCAUGACAGACAAUACAUUGUGAUAUCGCUAUUUGACUCUUUUGUGUCAGUACACUAGGAAACAGUAUUAUUUGCUUUAUUGACAAUAAAUCGUAACAGACAACAAUACGACACACCACGAUAUCACUUCUACCAAGGAUGUUUUCCAUCUGUUUUUAGCAGGAUUACAUGCAAACUAGAACUUUUGUUCAAAUUGAGAUAAAUGCAUUUUUUGGGUCGUUUUUGUGAAUUUCUUAGGAAAUAAUCCAUAACUCUUAAUGACAAAAUGUGACAUACAUUGAAGGAACCUGGUAUCUAUGAAGAUGAUUUAAAUUAGGGUCGCUUGGCCUCGUUGGAGGUCUGCUUCUUUGUCGUGUCACAAGACUGUAAACUGUACAAGUUUACUAUUCGCAUGCAUUUAGCCUGCGCUUUCUAGUCCAGACAAGUUUUGUAGUAGCUAAAUGCAGAAUGCAUGCAGAACAAUUUGGCUCACUAAAAAGCCCACUUUCUCAAUCCAGUUUUGUACUGUGAAAUAUAUGUACAGUACAUAAACGUGCUAUAAAACAAGACGAUUGUGUCAUGCUUGUCUCUUCAACCUGAAUCCUUCCAGUGCUUUUAAUCCAGAUGGAAUUCCAUAUUCAACUUUCAUCCCAUUGAUUCUGCCAGAAGGAAACAAUGUGAAGCUUGUGAGUUAGUGUCAUCAUAAGCACUCGGAGGCAGUUUGGACUUUUGAAAGGACAAAAAUAAGAGGCUUGUGAAGAUCUUACGGAAGAUUAUUAUUAUUAUUUUUAUUAUUAUUAUUAUUAUUACCACACACAGGAGAAACUGUCUUUGGAAAGUCGUCAUUUAUGUGGACAUAUUGACAUUACUGUGCUCACUCUAGCAGGAGGACUAAACGUUUCAACAACAAACUGACACGCAAUUGCAUUGAUAGUAACGUGAUCACUGUAGUUUUACUUUCUCAAACCUGACCUCACGGGUAUUUUUUUUUUUUUAAAUCAGCGCUGCUGUUUUGACCCUUACAGCCUGCCGUAAUCGUACCCAUUAAGACUUCCGGACUGAUCACGUAAAUAAACUAGCUAGCUUAGUAGCGACAAAAUAAAAAGAGCAAAUAUACACGGAAAUGUUUAUUUGAGUAUGGGACAAUGCACCACUACAUUAAUGUCAUACAAGUAGUGCUUUAACUUGAUUCAAACAUGCGCUAACGAGUGAGUGUACUUACAGGUGAACAGUGGGGAACAGCCGAAAGACAACUCAAAUUACCGCGCAAUGCAUUAUGGGACUUGUAGUAGUAGCAGUGUUUGUGUUUUAUACGAUACUAAUAGGCUAGUUUAGACAUUAAAAAAACAUUUUCUAUUUAAAAUAAAUGUGCACCAGACUUUCUGUGCUUCUCAGGGCUAAUACACAAUCUUAGAAAAAUAAAAUUAAGGUGUAUUUUAAGUACAACUAUCACCAGUGGUAUUAGGGUACUAAAUUAUAGGUAGUAUAAUAUUGGGUAUUAGGGACACUUAAAAAAUGUAAAACUGCAUAGAUUGACCGUCUCACUCAAAAAGGAAGCAAAAGCACACUGGGUGGCGCCACAUCAGCAUUUAGCAUCCAGGAAGUAGGCCAAGCUACUACAUUUGGGGUAAAGCCACCACUGUACUGGACCUUUGUCAAAAUGCUGCGGAUUAUCACGCUCCCUGGAGGUUUCGACAGGGUCCAGCGGUGACAUUAAAGGAAGCAAGCCUCAGUAUAAAGUGGGGUGCAAUUUCAGUGCACUAAAAAAGUCUGGAAAGAAGCAAAAGAAAAGAACCACAGGUGGUUGCUGUGCUCGUAUGUUUAGCCUUUUUCAACCCGAGCAGACAUUUCUAUUUACAAGUGAUGACAGAUGAUUGCUGCUCCUUCAAACACAUUUUCACCAAGUUUUUUGUUGUUGUUGUUGUUGCAUGCACUCUCUCUUCUCAGUAAAGUGUAAUAAUGUGUAAGCCGCCGCCACUCCGUGGGUGCCGCCCGCUGAGCAGUGCCAGAGCUGCCCAGGAUGCAGCGGUGCCCGCAAAAGGAGGGCCAACAGGGAGGGGAGAGGAGGGAAACCGAGAGCAGGCGAGCGUCCCCAUGGUAACUCUAUGUUUUUGUUAGUGCUCGUGAGUCAGACGAGGAGUGAGUCACAGUCAGGAGGAAACACACACACACACAUACACACAUACACACAUACACACAGCCACAUUCAUACUAAGUCAAAGGGAAGCCAAAUAAGGACAACAGCGAGCGUGAGGACAGAAACAAAACUAUCCCAGUUGAGUAAUUUGUAGAAAAAAAAAAGAAUAUGAACGUAAGCGAAUUUAGUUGACAGUAGAGAGCACGUGUGCCCAUCUCAUGGGUGGGGCUAACGGAAAUGCACACAGAGACACACCUAGGCUGAGCUUACUAAACAUUGUGCGACGCCCACACCGUUCAAAAAAAGCACCUGGUUUUGCUCAACAAACAAUGCACUUAUUUGAUCUGGAAAGCAGUAAAUCUGACUAAAGAGCAAGUCAUGCUUUACAAGAAUAGCGGGAUAAUUAUUAAUAUUAGUCAUCUCGGUCCCUGUGGAAUGGUGGGAACACAGGGCCAAUCAAUACAAGAGCUGCAGCAAGACGUCUGCUUUUAAAGGCACUCAGUGGAGCGCAAACCUCCACCAGCAGUAAUGCUAACAAUGUAUGACCAUUUUAUUUUUACACCUUUGACAGUUAGGAAUGUGGAAUAAACGGAGCCUGGACAGUUUAUAAAGGUUGAAUGAUGGCCACAGUUUGACCCUGGAACGGAUUUGUUACACUCUUCCCUAAAGAAAAAAAAUGGUGUUCCACUUUAGGUAACAUUUACAUGAGAACAGGGUUUUCCAUUUCUAUGGGUUUUUGGAAAGU